GCAGGGUACAUAUCAUACUUAUGCCAAAGAACCAUAAAGUUAAAAAAAUAUGUUCGUCACGUUUAAUUUUGAAUUCAGUGACUAUUCGCGCCAAAACGGACAACUGCACUUCCGUGAAAUUCACAACAGUUAAUAACGUAACGCGAGCAGGACUUUUCAAAAUAUGUAAUUACUCAUUGGUUCGUAGACUGUUUAACGAGAAUGCCAGUCAAACGUCCAACGUGGCAGCCUGCUUUGGGCAUUCGAAAACCGGACAAUAUCAUUUCUUCGGAUUACGUCAAUCGAAAGAUUUUCAUGCCGUCCUACGAUUCAGAUUGUCGUGUGAGCAUGGACCAGCUAAUUACUAACGAGUAUCAGAGGAUUUGGUGGCGGGAACGAAACGCUUGGAACGUUUUAGUUGCAAAACCAAAUGCACGUAACGAGAUACUGUUACGAAAGACAAUUCCAAGAAAAAAACAAUCACCGUCAUCGAAGGACAAUACGAAAUUGUUGCCGUCAAAAAGUCAUCAAAAGAAUAAAACAAUUAUCGAUGACCAAAAAAAUGAUCCCAAUCGUCAAAAUUAAUUAAUACAUCAAAAUCUUGUCGGUUAUUAAUUUUACGAAAUUUCCCAUUCCGAAUCCUGCUGACGAACCAAAAACUGUUCUGGUCCUUUCCGUAACCUUAAAAAAAAGGUUAAUUAUUUAUCGCUUUGUUUGAUUUUAUUCGAAAUUUUUAUUACUCCGUACUUUAGAUUACCCGAUAUACUGUAACAGCGCGAUAAGGCCGUCCUCUACUUGUGGAUCGAUCAUAAGUGGACGAUCUAUAUUUUUGGACAGAUCAUUUCGAAUCUCAUUGCCACUCGAGGCUACCAGAUGCAGUCGACCUUGAUACCACUAUAUCUAUAGUCAAUAAUCUGUUAUUGAUUGCGCAAUUCUUCGCUCUCACAGAGAAAUCAAUAAAACGUCUACAACCGCACUAGCUGCGUUUGCACUUGAAAUCAAAACAGGUUACAUACAGAUAAUGAUAAAAUCGUCGUCCGUCAUUAUUGACAGUUGAGGUACAAAGGAAUUUAAGUCAUCCAUAAGUAUCGUUAUUUUUGAAAUUAUUAAAAAUUUAAAAUCUCCGUAUCCACGUAUGUGCGUAUACAUAACGCCGUGAAUGACGUCGGCCAUUAAUUAUCAUCCGACCACUUAGUGAUUUAUCAUGACAUACAAUGACUAUAGGUUUAAAAGUAAAAGUCUUAGACUAAAACUUGACCGGCUGAUUUUUGGUGUGUGAGAGAGAGAGAGAGAGAGAGAGAGAGAGAGAGAGAGAGAGAUACGGAGAUGAAUGGAUGAACGAACACACGGAUGGAUUGGUGACUUUCUUAUGAUAGUGUCUCCCAUUGGCUGUACGUUGGUCCAUUUAGAUAAAAAGUGCAUUAACUAUGACGAAUACAGCAUUGGUGUUGUUCACCAACCAGAAGAUGCGAGGGACAUGUUGUUUUCAACUAGUCUAAAUCAGUCUAGCUUUAUCAUUCUUUUUUCAUAUACCGGGUGGUAUGCUUUUAAGUCCAUUUAUCCGAAUGUAUGUAUAUAUACGUAUUUGUCCUUUGUGUUUGUAAAGACAUUACGAAUUUAUUGGGCCCAAAGCACUUUUAACCGAUUUACAUCUUUACUUUGUGUAACUUCGGAGGACUUUGGUUGUAUGCAUUUGUAUGUGUAUGAGAUGUGUACUUAAAAGAAUAUGAAGCAUGGA